CGCCGAAGAAGCCGGCAUUUUAAAGAUACAAAAAGAAGCAGACAAAAACACUGCAAAAACCUCGAAAAAGUGAUAGUUUAGGGUUUCUCUUUCUCUGAACUAAAGAAUACAGGCAUCUACUUCCUUGUACUGUAAGUUUCUUUGUUCCAUUUUUUGGAUUAAUUCAUUCUGUAGUUUCAAAAUUCGAGCAAAAAAGUGGAAAAAAAAUUGAACUUUUAUUGUGUUUUCCAGCGAUUUCUGGUUCGGAUUUUAGCUUUCUGAGAACUCUGCUGAAAAAAACUCGGUGAGAAGUUAUUUUCUGGGAUGACAAUAUUUUGUGAUUGAAUAUUUGAAGUUUUUGUGGUUAUUUUCCGAGUCUGAAGUGAAAAUGGCAAAGCAAAGUAGCAAAUGCUUGCUUUCGUGGCCUAUAAAGCUUUUCAGAGAUGGAUAUGAAUGAUAGUUGGGGAUUUUGAUCCAUUCACUUGGAAAACAGGGUAACUUGAAGUUCAAAUGAUGGUUUGGUUUGUUUUUUACUACCAGCGUAGACAUCGUAUGUGUAAUCCACUGAAAUAGUAAUUACUGGGGUCAAUUUGAAGUGUGAAUGGUUGAAUAGGGAAUUAUUUAGAUUCCUCUGGUUAUACACCAUUUUUCCCUGUGGAAAAGAGCAGAAAGCUUGUGGUUUUGAGGUUGAUUGACUGGCAAAUACUGGUGAAUUGGAAUUUUCAUGGUGUAUAAUCAGAAGCUAGGGUUAUAUUUGAAGUGGCGUGGUUACCUGAUGCUGUUGAGCCGAUAUUUUGAAAAUUUGAGCUUUAGAGAUAUUCGGCUAUUUUAGGCUGGUAUUUUGUGAAGAAAUGUGCAAUAACGUAGACAGAAUGAAAGAUAGCUGUUAAGAUGUAAAUUUACAGAGAUAGGUUGUAAAUUAAGGCUUGAUGAUUAUCUGAAAAGGUUUCAUUGGAUUCGAAAAAUUCAAACUGUGUAAAACUGUAAAUAGGUGGUGCUGUUUGGACAAUUUAGGUCUAUUCAGUUUUCUAUACUUUCAAGUGAUCUUAUUAGUGAAUAGCUUUCAUCUGUCUUAUAUAUGAAGCAUCAUAACAUAAAAACAGGAGGGAUGGGAUUUCACUAAUUCAAAAGGGGUGGUAAAGAGUUGUUGCGGUUGGCAAGGCACUGAAAGAAUCAAAGAUGGGGUAAUGCUUGCCUUGUAUCGGAUUAUUUAGUGAAAGCAAAUCCGAACCAUGUCAUAAAGCUGGCAAAAAGGCCUACAUCUAUUCUUAAAUUCUUCAUAAUUGUAUGGGCUGUGAGUCAGAGCUUUUAUCCAUUGGACUGGGCUCUUCUUCGAUGCACACAUGAUCAUGCCUCAGAUGAUUGGUUUUCUACUCAUCAGAGAAUCAUGGUGGGAAUGGGUCAUGCUUAAUGUCUUCUUUGGAUGAGGGUCUUGGGUUUCAAGGGCUGGUUCUGGAGUAGCUUUUCUGCUGAAACAUGAAUUGUACUGAGAAAAACAAAGACACUGUAGAAGAACAAGGGGCUAUGCAGAUGGGGCCAUUCGAUAGACCUGGGAUUGUUGAGGAGUUUAGGAUAGAUGAAAGGCUGCUGAUCAAUCCCAAUUUGCUGUUUGUUGGUUCAAAGAUAGGAGAGGGUGCUCAUGGAAAGGUCUAUGCGGGAAAAUAUGGAGAGCGGACUGUCGCGAUUAAAAUGCUUAAUUGUGGCAAUACUCCAGAAGAAAGAGCAAAACUUGAAGGUCGUUUUGCCAGAGAAGUUACUAUGAUGUCUAGAGUAAGACAUGAAAACCUGGUUAAGUUUAUUGGUGCUUGUAAAGAACCACACAUGGUGAUCGCAACAGAAUUAUUACCGGGGAUGUCAUUGAAGAAGUAUCUGAUGAGUAUUCGUCCAAAACAAUUAGAUCUUCAUAUUGCAAUAAGUUUUGCCCUUGACAUUGCUCGUGCCAUGGAUUGCCUCCAUGCGAAUGGAAUUAUCCACAGGGAUCUGAAACCUGACAAUUUACUGCUUACUGAGGAUCAGAAAACAUUGAAGCUUGUCGAUUUUGGGCUUGCAAGGGAAGAGUCUGUGACUGAGAUGAUGACUGCGGAAACUGGAACUUACCGUUGGAUGGCACCUGAGUUAUAUAGUACAGUGACGUUGCGCCAUGGGGAGAAGAAACACUAUAAUAACAAGGUGGAUGUUUAUAGCUUUGGGAUCGUUUUGUGGGAACUGUUGACGAAUCGCUUGCCAUUUGAGGGCAUGACCAACUUGCAAGCUGCAUAUGCUGCUGCUUUUAAGCAAGUGAGGCCUGCUCUUCCUGAUGACACGCCUCAAGAGCUAGUGUUCAUCAUUCAAUCAUGUUGGGUCGAGGACCCGAAUGUGCGACCAAGUUUCUCUCAGAUCAUCCGCAUGCUCAACGCCUUCCUCUUCACUCUCCCACCUCCCUCCCCCAACAAAACCCUAAACCCUGAUCCCAUGCUGCAGCCUCUCCAUAGAGAAACAACGGAACCAUCAGCUCGCGCAAAGAGAAGGUUCUCCUUUCUCCGCCACCUCCUUGCUCUAAGGCGGGUAAGGAACACAGCAUGAACAUGCAUCACAUGCAUGCAUAUAUGCAUGUCACUUGCUUGGAAAUUGAUACACAGGUGCACACAUGAAGAUUUGGAGUGUGCAUGCCAAAAUGUAUUACAAGCACACAUACGUAUAUACAUGCAUACGUAUAGAGACACGUGCAUGUGUGGAUGUGUAUAAAACAUGAUACACAUACAUAUGCAUGUGUGUACAUAGAUUUGGGAAACAAAUAGUUUGGAUAUGCGGCCGAGAGGCGUGAAGCUCUGAGUUAUGGGUUUUGGUCCCUUUAUCGCGUAUUCGGAAAGAGAAAUGAAAGAGAUAUAUGAUGUUUUGGAUGGAUAGUGCAGAUUGGGGAGAUUGAUAUGGCUCUUUAAAUAUAGGCCCUUCAUUGGAGUCAGAUUCUGUUUUUGCGGUACACAUGCUGCAUUUUAUUUUAUGUGAAUGCAACUUCUUUGUGUGCAUGUAUGUGUAUGUCGUCACAUGUACUAUGUAUGAAUGGAAAAUUUAGUAUACAAAGGGAUACAUCAGCGAGAGCUUCGAUGCCUGAAGUAUGGUUUCUGUAAAAA